AUGAACAACUUCAAACACUACGUCGAGUAUCUGGACGAGAUUGUUGGGUUCUUCGUUGUUGAGGAUCAGAUCCUGAUGACUCAAUCGAACCUCUCAACGACUGCCGACAAGGACAAACUGUGGGAAAACGCUCUGGAUCAGUACAACGAGAUUCUGGUCAAAGAGUAUUGUGCGCAGUUUGAGAGAGACCUCGACAAGGACAAUUACACUCCGAUCACGGUCAACAACGAAGAAGAGUUUCGUGCGAUCAUCCGGCAGUUCCCGUUCUACAAGAGAAGCAUGGAGCAGGUAAAAAGAGAUUGAUCCGUGCAGCUCUGAUUCAAUGUUGAUUUCAGGAGCCGUUCCCGAGAAAAUUCCCAUUUUCCCGUUUUGUAAUCUCCGCUUACACUCAGGCAAAGCAAUAUUUGAUUGGGUGUCUGAAGUUCAUGGAUAACCUCCAGUUGAACACGUCAGCCGUUGAUGACACAGUCAGAAGGUACGGUGGAUUCCAGUUCCGUGACGUGAAAAGACAUUACACAGUCGAUGAAGCGCAGAACUGUUGCUGGAAAAAAUAA